CAGGACAGGUGAGGAGCAGCAGCUCCACAGGACAGGUGAGGAGCAGCAGCUCCACAGGACAGCAGAAGUCUUACAGCAGAAUGUCUGGGAGGAGAAGGACUUCAGUUCAGACCAGGACCAAGCAGAACCUCCACAGAUUAAAGAGGAAGASGAGGAGAGUCCUAUCCAACAGGAUGAAGAGCAGGAGACUGAGGACAGAAACUACUGGGACCAGAUCCAGUCUCAGCAGUCCUCUGAAGCUGACCAGGAAGGARGCAGAGAUGAAGACCUGAAACUAAACAAGGGAAGUCCACAGACCAGGGGUCCCAGAGGUCCCAGUGGUCCCAAUGAGCAUGUAGACAGUCCAGAACCUGACAGAACUCACCCAGGUCACAGUCUGCUCUCUUAUGAGAGACAUCAGAUCACAGGUGAGAAGCCUUUCUCCUGUCAGAGCUGCGGGAAAUGUUUUAGUCAAAAACAUAAUCUAACCAGACACGUGAGAACUCACAGCGGUGAGAAGCCCUUCUUGUGUCAGACGUGUGGGAAAGGUUUUAACCAAAAUUUUAUUUUAGCCUGUCACAUGAGGACUCACACGGGUGAGAAACCAUACUCCUGUGAAAUAUGUGGGAAAUGUUUCUCCUACAGGACUCAGAUCACUGAUCACAUGAGGACUCACACAGGUGAGAAGCCUUUCACUUGUGAGACGUGUGGAAAGUGUUUUAGUCAGAAACGUAACUUAGUCAGUCACAUGAGGACUCACACCGGGGAGAAACCUUUCUCCUGUCAGACCUGCGGGAAACGUUUUGGUAAAAACAGCAAUUUAAUCACACAUGUAAGAACUCACACAGGUGAGAAACCCUUCCCCUGUCAGACCUGUGGGAAAGCUUUUAACAAAAAAAUUAGUCUGGUCAGACACCUGAGGACUCACACAGGUGAGAUGGGGUGACCGUUUGAUUCUUUGUCGAGUCCGUCGUCAAACUUUUCCUUCUGCUUUUGUCUGAGAAAUAAAACAAGAUCCAAACUGUUGCUGUCUGCUGAUUAAAGUAACAUUUGGAUAAAUAAAAAUCAGUUUACUCAGACCUUUAUUACUGUAAUGUGUUUAAGAUCAAAAAGAAAAUAUAAUUAGUCCUCUGGAUGGUUCUUCUUUAAUGAA